AACACUAUUUGCCUAAUUCCUGGCCAGAAACGACAGCUAUCCAAGUUUUCUCCUCCUCAGUCGCCGCAGAAAAGCUACGGAGGAAUGUGGGAAGCGAGUGGCUGUCCUUGUUACACACCGUCACACCACCCCAUCAGCAAAAUCUCCUUUUACCUCUCCUCUCUCCCUCUCUCUCUAUCUCUCUGGAAAUACAUACACAAUGGCGGCACUCCAGUCUCUUGCAUUUUCUUCCCCUGUGUCUCACCGUUUCAGGCAUCUCCCUUCUCUCUCAGGGUUGGGAUCUGCUCCUUUUCACCGAAGUGUGUGCUCCCCAUUCAAUGGUCUACCUUUGCACCUUCCUCGACCACAGUGGACCCCACUAAAACAUAAUCAUCCAUUAUUAUCCAUAACAAUGAUGGCCAAGCCAACAAUUCAGUUCAUCCAAGGAACAGAUGAACAGACCAUACCGGAUGUAAAGUUAACCAAAUCAAGGGAUGGUACAAACGGGAUGGCUAUAUUCAGGUUUGAUCAACCGUCUGUUUUUGAUUCAUCUGCUGAAGUUGGUGACAUCACGGGAUUUUACAUGAUUGAUGAGGAAGGGGUUCUUCAAUCAGUUGAUGUAAGUGCCAAAUUUAUCAAUGGAAAGCCUGCAGGUAUUGAAGCAAAAUAUGUUAUGCGGAGCACGCAAGAUUGGGACAGGUUCAUGAGGUUCAUGGAAAGAUAUGCUAAUGAAAAUGGCCUGCAGUUCAUCAAAAAAUGAGGCAAUGUAAAUCUUCUCUUCCCUCCAUUCUUGCACGUUCAUCUACCAUAACUUUUUUGUAAUUAGGUUCACUAAAAAACAUUUUAUAUAUUCCCAUUUAGAUUUUAUGCAUGUAAGAUUAUGUGUAUUUUUGUAAUGCACUUACUUUUUUUUUGUGAUAGCUAUUUCAGUUUCUUUAAGUAUGGAAUUCUUAUUCAUUGUGAUGGAAUUUACUGUACUUGAAUAGUUAGAUGACUCUUAUUUUUCAUUUCUUGUAAUCUUCAUUUGUAUUUUAUGUCAAUUUAUCUUCAAA